AUGCUGUUUCUCAGGGACUUGAAGGCGAACAACAAGAGGCCGUGGCUUAAGGCACACGAUGGAGAGUACAGAAGAGCGUUGAAGGAUUGGCAGUCGUUUGUCGAAGCGACAACGCAGACGCUUAUUGAAGUCGACGAGACCAUCCCCGAAUUGCCCGCCAAGGACGUCAUAUUUCGCAUUCACCGUGAUAUUCGCUUCAGCAAAGAUCCCACACCAUACAAGCCUCACUUUUCCGCUGCGUGGUCUCGCACGGGUCGCAAAGGUCCCUACGCGGUGUACUACAUUCAUUGCGAACCCAAGUCCGCCUUCAUCGGCGGCGGUCUCUGGCAUCCGGAGGCGGCGUACCUGACGAAGCUGCGGCAGAGCAUCGACGAAAGGCCUCAGAGGUGGCGCCGAGCCUUUGCUGACCCGCUCUUCAAGAAGGAGUUUUUCCCUUCAGUCAAGGACAAGGAUGGGAUCGAGGGCGUAGUCAAGGCUUUUGUGGCGAAGAAUCAAGAGAAUGCUCUGAAAAAGAAACCAAUGGGCUACGAAGUCACACAUCGCGAUAUAGAGCUCCUCAAGCUCCGAAACUACACUGUCGGGACCAAGAUUGACGACGAUCUGCUAAGUAGUGAUAAUGCGCAGGCAAAACUCAAGGAGAUACUGAGGGGCCUGUCUGGUUUUGUUACUUUUCUUAAUAGCGUUGUUAUGCCUGAUCCUAAUCUCGACGACGAUGAGAGUGAUGAUGAAGACGACGAGGGGGGCGAGGAGCAGCAUAGCGGUGACGAAGAAGAGGACGAAGAAUAA